AUGGCUUAUAAGAACGUUGUUCUUGUCGGGGCCGGCAGCAUUGGCAGAAUUAUCCUUCGCGGCCUUGUAGACUCGUCACAAUUCAACAUUACCCCCGCAGUCUUUCCAGACUCUGUUAACGUUUGGAAGACCGACUAUUCGAAGAGUGAUCUGGAAGCAGCUUUCAAUGGACAGGAUGUUGUGAUUUCGGCUCUGGGUGCGCUCGGUUUCGCAGAGCAGCGCAAGUUGGUGGACGCAGCUGUCCAGUCAGGUGUCAAGCGAUUGCUUCCUUCGGAAUUCUCAUGCAACAGCCAGGACGAAGCGGUCGUCGAAUUAUUGCCCUUAUUUCAGCAAAAAGCCGAUAUCAUACAAUAUCUCAAGUCGAAAGAAUCUACUGGGCUGACUUGGACCGGUGUGGUUUCGUCUCUCUUGUUUGACUGGGUAUGCCGUUUCCUCGGUUACGAUAGUACUAGUCGGACAGCUACUAUCUGGGAUGACGGCAACAAGAAAUUCACACUUACCAAUCAAGGUUAUCUCAGCAAGGCUAUCGUGUCGGUGCUUCAGCGCCCAAACGAGACUAAGAAUCAAAUUCUCUACAUUGCGUCGGUUGAGACCAGUCAGAAUGAGAUUCUGAACGCGCUCGAGAACGUGACAGGAUGCAAAUGGUCUAUCAUACAGACAACCACUGAAGAGCAAGUGACUGAGGCUCGUAUGAAAUUGAGCAAAGGGGAUUUCGACGGCGCCUUGACCUUAGUUCGGGCCACCAGCUAUGGCAAACUACCUGGUCUCAAGUCCAAUUACGCUAAGGACUUCAAGGUUGCAAAUGAUAUUUUGGGAUUUGAGUGGGCGGAUGUUGAAGACACGGUCAGGACGGUUGUUUCGAAGUAG